UCGCCAGAUUUUGCCACCGCAAGAACAAAAUGUCUCACCACAUUUGGACCUAAUUUCUUCGGGCAUGCUUUAUAGUACGUCUCCUUGUGAUGUGAUGCUGUUGUUUCCUGUCUGCAUAGAUUCACAGAAGUGAAGUUGUAGUGUGCAAGCCAACCUGUACAAGCACAGGCACUAUGGCUGAAGGGGACCGCUACUGGUGUGACUUAUGUGGCACGUAUGAAGAUGACAUUGUGUGUCCAAACCUGGGACCUGUCCAGACCAUGCAGGACUCGGAGGUCCAGUCUCGAGCUCGGGCCUCCCUGCCAAAAGGACUGGUCAUUCAGAACACCACAGAUGGUCAGGAGGGUGUGUUUGCAGGAGUACCUUUGAGUGCAAGAAUGAAGUUUGGACCACUGGAGGCCCAGAGACUACAGACUGCACCACAAGGAAAGGAGUCUUUUCCACUGAAGGUUUUCAGCCCAGAUGGGAGUUGCCUGUACCUGGAUACCACAAACGAGGAAGUCUGCAAUUGGAUGAAGUUUGUCCGACCAGCCACUCGGGACACAGAGCAGAACUUGCUAGCCUAUCAACAAGGAACAAACAUUUUCUUUCUGACACAGAAGGACAUCCCUGUAGGGGGAGAGUUGCGGGUGUGGUAUGCUCCCAGUUAUGCUAAGAAGAUGGGACAGCACCUGCAGACACCUGGGGAAGAGCACCUGCUGACAGCUGGAGGACAGCAUCUGCCGACACCUGGGGGACAGCACCUGCCAACAGCUGGAGGACAGCACCUGCAGACACCAGGGGGACAGCACCUGAUGACACCUGGGGGACAGCAGCUGCAGACAUCUGCAGGACAGCUGUCACAGGGUGCCCCCUCCUUGGCGGUGACCCAUGGUAAGGGCAGUGUACCAGCACCAGUGCAAACCAGGACUAACAAACACAGCACAACAUCUACAGGUCAUCAGACAGAUGAACAAGAAGGAAUCACAAAUGGCAUGAACAUGUCCUCAAUACAAUCAGAGUCACAGGUAGAUGAUUUCCAACAAUCAAAGACAGUAACUCGUUGGAACGUACAGGAAAACAUCAUACAAAAGGGCAAAACAAGACCCACAAGACAAACCAAGGAUAGUAAAGGGGAAAGGUAGAGGCCAACAAAGGUUAG